CCUUUCCCAACUUUCCACUGGGUUUCUUUCUUUCCAAGCACCCGCCUCACUCUCCUUUUUUUCUUUCUCCUUAAAAACCUCUCUUUCUCUCUCUAGAUUCCUAUUGCUGCCUCUGUAAACCCUUCUUCUUUCAGAAAUGUUUGCAUCUAGGGUUUUGUUUCGCUCGACGAGGACCCUGCUGGCACAGGGUCGCACGUCCUCCCUUCUGGCUCCUCAGAGCCACCUCAAUACCUUCCUGAUCGGCGAAUCCACUGACAAGGUGGUUGCAACCCAGGUGUCUCUGUUGCAUCACCUGGUCCACAAUGCCUCCAUCUUUCAAAGAUUUGGAAUCUCUUCAUCUGCAUCUCCUCAAACUAAUGAAAAGGAGACAACCCAGUCUGGAAAUGAACAAGGCACUGUAGAGAAUGAUGGUGCUCCUGCUGAUGCUGAGCCUGCAAAAACAAAUCAAGCAGAAGAAUCAGGUUCUAAUUCAAAACCUCAAUCUGAAUCUGUGAAAAGAAGGGGAAGGGGUACUAAACGAACUGCGUUUUCUGAUUCAGAUUCAGAGGGUGACCUGUCAAUGGAUGAUCUGAUGAAACUUGUGGUGGAGAAGGAAGAACUUCUGAAGAUGAAGAACAAAGAGAUUGAAAAAAUGCAAGAUAAAGUUCUCCGUAGUUAUGCAGAAAUGGAAAAUGUCAUGGAGAGGGCAAGACGCGAAGCAGAGAACUCCAAGAAGUUUGCCAUACAGAAUUUUGCAAAAAGCUUAUUGGAUGUUGCAGACAAUCUGGGAAGAGCCUCUUUGGUAGUCAAAGAAAGUUUUUCAAAGAUUGAUGAAUCUAAAGAUACUGCUGGAGCUGUUCCACUUUUAAAAACACUUCUGGAGGGUGUUGAAAUGACUGAAAAACAGCUUGGAGAGGUUUUUAGAAAGUUUGGCAUGGAAAAGUUUGAUCCAACAAAUGAACAAUUUGAUCCACAUAGACAUAAUGCAGCAUUCCAAAUCCCAGAUCCUUCUAAGCCUUCUGGUACUGUUGCUGUGGUUCUGAAGGCGGGAUACAUGCUCCAUGAUCGGGUUAUUCGGCCAGCUGAAGUUGGCGUGACCCAAGCGGUGGACAACAAUGUAACGGAGGCAUAAAAUGGCACAGUAGAGUUUUUUACUCAUAAUCCAUCUACAGUUUUGCACCUCUUUGUGGAAGUACUGAUUCAAUAUUUUCCCCUAUUAAGAUUAGCUUUAGAAACUGUCUCAUAGAACAAUUUUUUUUCCCCAAUCUGAGUCGUUAUUGAUUGUUCAUCGAUAUAAACGGAGGGCAGGCGUCACUUAUGGUUGUCCCAAUCUGAGCUAGAUGUGGGCUAAUAUCAUGGAAAGUGCACCGCAUGAAUCGAGUAAUUAUUGGUAGUGCUGGGUAGUUAGCCCUGCAAGUAACACUGAUUUUUGGAGUAGACACCAUCAAUGGCCUGUUUUCUAGUUCUAUGGAAUAAUGGAAGCUAACAUCAUUGUGUUCUAAAUUUCUUACGAGUCUCUCUCAUGU